AUGGGCAGCACCGCCGUUGCCCUCCAGCAAGCUAAAAUGGCAAUAACGUCUCCAGCAAUGUCGAUCGUGUCGGGGCCAAAAGUGCCGGAGCUGUGGGAAGAGACAUUGGGAGAACUUAUACAACGACAGGCUGCCAAAUAUGGAGCCCACACGGCCGCGACAUUCUCAUGGCAGCGCAACCACAGACUCUCAUACCAGGACCUGUCGAACAGGAGCGAAGCAGUUGCGAGAUCAAUGUUGGCCAGAGGAUUAAAGCACGGAGACCACAUCGCGAUCAUGGCAGGAAACUGUUAUCAGUACAUUGAGACAUUCCUGGCUGCAGCACGCAUCGGCUGCCCGUUUGUGGUGUUGAACAAUACUUAUACAGCGAAAGAGCUGGUCUCUGCGUUGAAAGUAGUUUCGUGUAAACUGCUCUUCAUCGCCCCAAAGAUCAAAUUGAAAGAUCUGUCGAGCCACAUCGAAUCUGUGACUACGCAACUGGACUCCCUUCUCUGUGUCUUAGUCGCAAGCGGCAGUAGCACAAGCUCUGACACGUCGAAGAUUUGCGAUUACUCGUCCUUUCUCAACCAGGCCCAAUCCACCACCACGGCAGCCCUGAAACAUGCAGAGAGCCAUGUCCGGAACAGCGACGUCCUGAACCUGCAGUUCACUUCUGGAACAACUGGCGUUCCAAAAGCAGCAAUGCUGACGCACAGAAAUCUUGUCAACAAUGGCCGCUUUAUCGGCGACGCAAUGGCCCUGACCGCCUCCGACAUAAUUUGCUGUCCGCCCCCUCUCUUCCAUUGCUUUGGCCUAGUACUGGGCUUCCUCGCCUCCUUCACCCACGGCAGCACAAUUGUCUUCCCUUGCGAUCAGUUCGAUGCCUCUCAAGUGCUCGACUCCCUCCUCUCGCAAAAGUGUACUGCUCUCCUCGGCGUACCGACAAUGUUCAUUGCCGAAAUCGAAGCGAACAAGACCAAAAGGUUACGAAUUAGCGGCGUCAGGACGGGGCUGGCGGCGGGGUCCUCCGUGAGUCCGAUCCUGAUGAAGCAGUUGGAACAAGAGUUCGGGAUUCGAGGCAUGUUAAUCGCGUAUGGAAUGACAGAGACCAGUCCUGUCACAUUUAUCACUUCAUUACGCGACGACGAAGAAAGGAAGACGAAGACGGUAGGACGGGUACUCCCUCACACGGCAGCCAAAGUCGUCGAUCGAGACGGAAACAUCGUCCCACGAGGCGUGAGAGGGGAACUGUGUACAAGCGGAUAUGCCCUGCAGAAGGGGUAUUUCAACAAUCUCGCAAAGACAGCGGAAGUCAUGAAGCGGGAUGACGAAGGUGUACUGUGGAUGUACACCGGUGACGAGUGCGUCAUAGACAGCGAAGGCUACUGUUCGGUAACGGGGAGGAUCAAGGAUGUUAUCAUUCGAGGCGGCGAAAACAUCUUCCCUCAUGAGAUCGAAAGUCUCCUGUCCACGCACCCUUCCAUCGCCGAAGCAUCCGUCGUCGCGAUCCGCGAUCCGAAAUACGGGGAAGUCGUGGGUGCGUUCCUGCGCGGCCAGCCCCAAGCAGGGUGUCUCACGCCCAACAUCAAUCCGUCUCUGAAUCUGCCUCAUGACCCAAGGACCGACAAGAGGCUGAAUCGCCCCUCCUGGGGCGAGAUCAACCACUUUGUGCGCCAAAGUCUAGGAAGCCACAAGGCGCCCAGAUACGUAUUCUGGAUUGGCGAUGAAGGCGUGGGCAAUGAUUUCCCGAAGACAGGCAGUGGCAAGAUCAUGAAGCAUGUGCUCAGGGAUGUAGGGGAGAGGCUUGUCAAGCAGGGAAGAGGGGAACAGGAGGAAGCGAGAGUCAAAGCGCGAUUAUAG